CCGUUCAGUGCAGUCUACGUCGAAAAAACAUUAAAAUUCGUGCUAAUUGAGUGUCUGAAAUGAGUAUACAAUCCGGUGAACAGGCAUCUAGACGAGAGUCUACUGAUAAUUCAUCACACGAGUUGGUUGAAAAGCCAAAGUUGAUCAGCAAAACUAAAAUAACAGAUCUGAAUUACGAUUGCCUGUUUUCCAUUUUCAAGUGGAUGCCAAUAAAUGAUGCAAUAGCAAUGUGUGGUAUAUGCAAAAAGUUUGUAGAGCCGACCAAAGGGAUUGUGCGAAGAUUUAACAGUAAAAACAUCUUCUCUUUGUCCGAACAUAUCUUUUGCAUUAAGCUGCCCGCAUUGACGCCUGCAUUCUACAAAACUUUAUACUACAUGCCAUCUUGUCCAAUAAAAUGCAUUGGUCAAUCGCUGUCAAAGAUCUACCUCGAUUACGACGGGACUUUCAAAGACAGUAGUGUGUCUGUCGUUGAAGAUUCCAUCCUAAAUUACUGCACAGAAUUGACCGAAUUGACUUUAGUAAAUGGGAAAAGCGCGCCGUUCGAGUCCAUUAAGAAGCCAAUCGCUAAACUCAAACUAUUAUAUUUGAACAAUUGCAUUCUUGGACCGGUUUUCUGUCAAUUCAGCGAAUGGCUACCCCAGCUGCGUACGUUAUCGAUUAUUAAUUGCUACGUUCUUGAUGCAUCUUGCAUUGACAAUAUGGGGAGAACAAUGCCGGCAUUAGAGUCUCUUCAUCUAGAUGUUGUACGAAAAAUCAAUAACGACGAAUGGUCGAAAGGAUACACUCAUUGCAAUACGGACGAGAUUAUGAAGCGUAACGGACAUGUAAAACAUUUCCGAACGACGUCGAAUACAAAUCCUCGCAGGCUCUUCAACAUCAGCAAAUCAAUGGAGCGACUCGAGACGUUAGAGUUUCAAGCUAAGAAAACUAAAUUCCAAGGAUCGAGCAACGAGUCCAUCAACUUCAAAUUGGUAAAAACACUGGUUAUGAAGAUCAGCGGAUAUGAACGGUUUCCCUGUCUAUUGGUAUUUGAUUCGCUUGAGGAGUUAGACUUCACCUCUGACUCCAAUCUGUGGAAGUUCUUCUCCAGAUCCAACCAGAUAAAAAAACUAAAAUUUUACGCGGUCCGUCAUCGCACGCAUCUAAACGAUUUGUUGACAAUUUCAUCGACCUGGCCGGAUUUGAUUGAAGUUUCAAUGCACCUGAGUUGUGUGCCCUUAGAUGAGAUCAUUGAGUUUGUCCACUCACUCAGAAAUUUACGACGAUUCAAUUUUUUGAAAUUCAUUUGUCAGUAUCCAAGUCAGACGGAAUCCGAAAAAUUUGAGGAAGUUAAGCAUCAUCUAUCGGACGAAUUCAAAAUUGUACCAGGAACUGAUGUGAACCGUUUUUCAUUGGUUCGUUUGAAUUGAGCCAACUAAUCCGAAUUUUAUAUUUUUUGCUCAUUUUUCUACUAAAUUGUAAAUAUUUUUGAGUCGAUCAAAUUGACUAAUCAUGUUUAAAUAUAUUGCGCAUUAAAAUUCACUUCCAUAACUUAACCGGCGUGAAGGAAAGGAAAGAAACUCAAA